UGUGGAACAACAAAUGGUAAGCAUUUUAUCUUCUUACACAGUGAUUCCUAGUGAGGCUACACCAAAUUGUAGUCUCUUGUUAUCUGAGAGUGAGCAAAUCAAUGCUCCCACUCAUUCGCUCACCAUCUACGUCUACAAGCCAAAUCAUCUCAACAAAAUUAUCCCCAACAUGAACAUGGUUGAUACAAUGAGAGACUCUCUUGCCAAGAUCUUAGUCCACUAUUACCCACUAGCUGGCCGGCUACGCAUGAUACAAGGUAGAAGAUGGGAAGUGGAGUGCAAUGCAAAGGGUGUGAUAUUGUUGGAAGCUGAAUCCACAAGAGCACUUAAUGACUACGCUAUCUUUGAACCCAACGACACCAUUAAAGAACUUAUUCCCAAAGUUGAUUACACCGAACCCAUUGAGAAUUCACCAUUGUUUCUAGUGCAGUUGACAAGAUUCUCCAAUGGUGGCUUCUGUGUUGGCAUUGCCAUUUCAAACAUCAUUACUGAUGGGAUUUCCGGCACUCACUUCAUCAACUUGUGGGCAACGUUGGCUCGAAGAGACACCUUGGAGGAACACGACAUGCCACUUCUGAACAAAGUGGUUCUUCAAAGUUCGGACAAAAAACCAUGCUUUGAUCACAAAGAAUUCAAGCCAUUGCCACUUGUACUAGGUCACGCUGACACCACGGAGGAGAGUAAGAAGGAGACAACAGUUGCAAUGUUGAAACUCUCAAGAGAAAUGGUGGAGAAGCUUAAGAAGAAAGCCAAUGAGGGCAACCAGGGUCGAGCUUAUAGCAGAUAUGAGAGCAUCUCGGCUCAUAUAUGGCGAUGUGUCGUGAAGGCUCGUGACGGGUAUCACAAUCAACCAACAGUCGUACACAUUAUUGCUGGUGCAAGAAACAGAUUGAACCCACCUUUACCUUUAAACUAUUUUGGAAACGCAACGUAUCCAACAGUGACACCGACAUGCCUAAGUGGGGACAUAGUGUCAAAACCCUUGAGCUACGUGGCUCACAAGAUAAGGGAAGCAAUUGAAGUGUUAACAGAUGAGUAUCUAAGGUCAGGGUUUGGUUUUAUUAGGAGUCAGAGUGAUGUGGGGUGGCUUAGGGGAAAAAAUGAUAAUGAAGGGAAAGUGGAGUCCUUGUUUCUUGGGAACCCUAACCUGAACAUUUGGAGCUGGAUGAGAAACAUGCCAAUGUAUGGGCCAAAUUUUGGGUGGGGGAGGCCUGUGUAUAUGGGCCCAGGUGCUGUGAAAGGGGAUGGAAGGGCAUUCAUUAUGCCAGGUCAAGAGGAUGGGUCUGUUUUAGUGGCUAUUAGGUUGCAAAGUGCUCAUGUUGAAGCCUUUAAGGAGGUCUUCCACAAGGACAUGUGAAAUUAAUUGGCUAGGUGCAUGCAUGGAAGGUUUCAAAAUAAGUUGAAAAUUAGUAUGGUAUUGUUUUUUUAAUCAACUAAAUUAGACUAUUUGGUAUGUGGUGCUAGUUUAAAUUUGGGAAAGUUGUGUUUACUAAUUAAUUUGGGCUCGGGCAUGUGGUAGGUUAUGUGUAUUCACUCACAUAUGAGAGCUAUGGCAAGGUUUGUUUUGUAUGCGUAAAUGUUUGCAGAGGGGUUGGUGUAUUUCAAAGAAAUAAAAUAUGUGGCGAUGAAUGUCGUGCUUCCUCUAGCACGGAUUCCAUGCAUCGUUGCAGUUCUUAUUC